AGGAGGAACAAAUAUCUUAUCCGGUCACUGAAUGAGCAUACCUCGAGGGACGGCGCGCGAGCUGCUCAUGGCCACCACCCCCGCCGCCGCGGCGACCAUGGUGGCGGCGCGCCCCCGCCCCCACCCCGGCCUCCGCUUCCGCGUGCGCGCCGCCUGGGACAUGAACCCGGGCGCCGCCACCGUCGCCGUGCCCAAGACGUCCAAGCCCAGGGCGAAGCCCCCUCCCCCGCCGCCGCCGGUCACCGCCCCGGCCCCCUCCCACGCCGACCUCUUCGCCCGCCGCGGCAGCGGCGGCGAGGGCCAAGUACCAAAGAAGACCACAACUAUGGGUUUUGAGAGGUGGUGGUUGCCGCCUCCACCAGAGGUGAAGAAGCCUCGGUCGCUCUACAAUGCUGCGUCUUUGGCGUACUUGGGGGACUGCAUAUAUGAACUUUAUGCUCGGAGGCAUUUUUUCUUUCCACCUCUAAGCAUCAAUGACUACAACAAACGUGUGAUGGAUGUCGUGAAGUGUGAAUCACAGGAUCUACUGCUGAACAGACUUCUUGGAGAGGAUUUUCUAACUCAAGAAGAAAGGGACAUACUUCGUUGGGGAAGAAACAUUGUUAGCAGUAAAACUCGUACCAGAAAACGGGCAGGGAUUGCAGUAUACAAUAGAGCAUCUUCACUUGAGACGCUGAUUGGAUACCUUUACCUCACGAAUUUCAAGCGGUUGGAGCAACUGAUGUUUCAAUUAGGCUUUACAAGCGGCGCUUCUUCACAACAUAUUGCAGAUGAGCUUCGCUCGAGCUUCCAGAAAAAGAACUCGACUUCUGUACAGUCUAAGCAAGAAUCAGCGCAAUGAAUAGUCUAGAAUGUAGUGAAGUUUGAAAAAUCUAAUCAGGAGUUUCACUGGUGGCUCAGUGAUUGGUAGCAUAUGUGAAUUUCUGGAACAUGAGAUCCAACAGUCACACAGUGAGUGGUAAGCGAUUACUGUUUGUCUGUUUGUCAAACAAGCGGGAGUUAAUUGAACAAUAUAUGAUCUAUACAUAACUGGAGGCGGCACGAGAUAAUGGCUUAACGUUAGUGUCUCACUCUCAGUUAGGAUAUGAAUAUUCUGAUCUACCUAUUUUGAGGUGCCAAAAAUUGUGUUACUACAAAUUUGAUGGUGAUGUAGGCCAUGGGUAUCAUCAAGACUUUGUGAAGCAUCCCAGUUUCCAGUAUACUCUAUGAGCAUGGCCACAACAUUUAUUCAAUUGUGUAAUGUCCGUUGCUACAGAACUGUGCUUGCUCUCAGCUGUAACCUCUGCUAUCAGCUUCAUGCGUCCAGGACAAUGUUAUAUCAUAUGGUACAUUUUCCUUGAAUGGAAACUCAAA